AAAGUGCUUGGACGUUAUCUUGAGUAUAACAAUUAUUUCGUUUUUGGCAAGUGUGUGUAAUAUAUACAGACAUACGACAAACCGGAAGCAAUAAAAAACUGAGCGAAAUGUCACAAAACCGGUAAGCGAACUCUGUCUCAUCGAAAAAUCCUAACUUAGAUGAAAUGUCUUCCGACUUUCUAUACCACCUAGCGGUAAAUGUACCGGAUACUAAGAACACAGUUGAUAUUAAAAAGCAAUACGGGCAUAUUAAGGUGGUGUGUUUGGGUGGCAAGGACUCGCGUAUGCUCGAAUUGGCAAAAUAUAUACAUUUUAAAGUGUACGACGGUAAUUCGGGUAGUGAUUAUGAAAGGAAUUUAUUUGAGGAAGGCCACAGAUAUGCUGGCUUUAUGGUUGGCUGCGUAUUAUGUGUAAGCCAUGGUGUUGGCAGUUCUACGAUGAGUGUGGUAUUGCAUGAAUUAAUUAAAUUGGUCCGUUAUGCCGAAUGUGUGGAUCCGCUUUUCAUACGCAUUGGCACUAGUGGUGGACUUGGAAUUAAACCGGGUACAGUAGUGGUCGCCAAUAAGGGCUAUAAUGGUUUAUUGCGCAGUGAAUAUGAAAUUGCUAUUUUAGGAGAACGCGUGGCACGACCUGCUCAAUUCGACGAGAGAUUACGUAAAGACUUGAUUGCCUGCAAGGAAGCAGCAGAUGCCGAGGAGCAAAAUGACUGGGAUAUCAUCGAAGGCAAUACCAUGGGAACAGAUUGCUUCUACGAAGGCCAAGGUCGACUCGACGGCGCUUCUUGCACGCAGGCAAAUGGUGAGCCAUACACCGUAGACGACAAGCUAAAGUUCCUGAAACGCUGUCACGAUGAAUGUGGCAUAAGAAACAUCGAAAUGGAGGCGUCAAUGUUUGCGGCGCUAACCUUGCACUGUGGCAUACGCGCGGCGGACGUGUGCGUAACGCUUUUGAAUCGGCUGGAGGGCGAUCAGGUGAAGAGUACCAAGACGCAAUUAAAGGACUUCGAAGAGCGUCCCUUUAAGCUUGUUUCGCGCUUCAUAAGACGCUACAUAAUAAACACUGCGUAAAUGUUGUCAAUAAAAAUAUUUUUUUUUAUUUAAAACGAUGUUAUGUUAAACAAAUGUUAACUCUAAUAGUCAAUUUCAAAAAUAAUUUUAAUUUUUUUUUAAAACCU